CACUGAAUAUGCUGUAUGCAGACGGAAGAUAGAAAGGAGCACAAAGAGGGUCCGCCUGCGCAAACUCACUGACACGACUGUUGUUCCACGUGGCCCCUGUGAUUGACCAAAACACUUGCGCAGUGCAGACCCGGAGGCGCGCGAGCAGGGCGGUGCAGGGCAGAGGUUCUCCAGAUGUGAACCUUUAACCUGCCCGGAAUAAAGCUUCACAGUACAUCAACUAUGAAGAUGGGUGUGUUCAUGGAGUCUCACCUGGGCAGGUCUGCCCCAUGUGUCUUGUCCCUGUCCCUGCUUCUCAUACAGCUGUGCCAGGCUGCACCGGGUCAACCUGGGACACAAAGGGAGGAAGCAGUCGAUGCCCACCCCCCUUUAGUAGCGCUAGCCAAUCCCUUUGGCUCUGGAGAAGAGGAACGCAGAUUCCUGCAAAGUUACGUUCAAUCCAGUCUGAAGGAAGACCAAGGAGGACCAGAAAUCCGCACCUGGGAGCAAGAGGUGUUCUUCCUGUUUCGUCUUUAUGACUUUGACCGCAGUGAGCUCCUGGAUGGCUUGGAGAUGAUGAAACUACUUUCAGUCUACAACUCCCAUCAUACACCUGGAAAGCAGACCAAUGAACUGGUGGUGUCAAUGGUAGAUUUUUUACUCCAGACUCAGGACAUAAACCAGGAUGGCCUGUUGGCCCCGUCGGAGCUGCUGUCUCCCUCAUUACCUCACAAACAGGACUCCAGCAACAACAAAGCACCUCACCAGGACGAGCAGGAGGAGGAACAAAAGGUGGCAGCUGAGGAGAAGCUGUCAAACCAGAAGACUGACAAGGAGGAGGAGGCAGGACGAGCCGAGCAAGGAGAGCAGGCUCAUCAGGAGUUGCUGCUUCAAGAUGAAGACAAACAUCAACAGGAAGUAAAGAAAGAGGAAGAGGAGCUCAUAAAUCAAGUGGACAAACAGCAAGGACAACAAAUCCCAGAAGCCCAAGCAGCAGAACAUGGGCAGCACCACCAAGUACCCGUCCAUCAGGGACAACCAGAGAUGUGAACGCAUACAAACUGUGGAUAGUUUCUAUUGAAAAAAUACCUAAAAACACUGAGAGGACUUCUAAUCUUAUCCCUACACCUUAUCUUUAUCUUGAUUACAAUAUGUGAUACACACAUCCAAUUCAAUUGAAAGAUUAACACAUAGAUGGUUGAUACAUGAGGAAAUAAGAAUCCAAAAUCUCUUCAAAACGAGAUACGUAGGCUAGCAUAUGUGUAAUACAACCAAACAAGUACACAACCAUGUUAAAAAAAGUAGCAGCACAAUGAAAGUACGUAUACCAACAACCAAAUAUAACCGUUAUACAAAGUAAAAGUAUCUGUUAUAAAGAGAAAUGUAUUGAAAAUGUCCCGCUCACUGCAUUUGUUUUCUACAGUGAGCAAAAAUGACUUAGUUAUGAAGAGCUGAAAAAGGGAGAAAACGACUACAUUUAAAAAAGCAAUAUGAUGUAUAUAAGUCAAACAGAAGCCAUCCCUAAUUGAUAAAGUACUUUUGAAUAUUUGUUUAUUUUCCAUGCAAAGUGAAACCGUUGUUCAUCUUUUUUAAAUAAUUUGAAAAGCACAAGAUGUGUAUUUUGUUUUAUUCACUUGUAUUUAUUUAGUUUUUCUAGCAUACCUGAAAGAAGAAGCAUGUAUUUAACGUUCAUGUGUUUGUCUUUAUAGAAACAGCUUUUCAUGAACGCACUGUUUGGCCUUAUUAUGUCCGAGCCAUGCCAGGGUUUGCACCCAGACUGUUGUUUAGUUACACUGCUCUCUAUUACACACAGUUUAGCAAGUGUGCUAAGACACACUCUGAUUUGCCAUGAAAUUAAAUCUGGUCUUCCUUUGGAAUUUCUCAAUGAUUUAUUAAUUUACUGAAUAAAAUGAGGCCAUUUAGGCAGUCAAGUCUUUUUGGAAUGCACUAGUGUAUAUCUAGUGAGCGUUUUGUUUUGAUGAUUUAAUGUGCCUGAAGGAGUUGGAAACCAUAAAAUCAGUAAAGGUUAGGUGGUUAGAAAGUCCCCAUUAAAAUUACAUUAGUGAUUAUCUGCAAUGCAAAGUCUAUCUGAGAACUUGACAUGUGUUUUCAGUAUGAACAACAACGUGUUCAAAUGUUGUCUGUUCACUCUUUCAACCCAUUUAUGAAUUGAUACAGCUGAAGAAAAUAAAGGAAACAUUUCAUU